AUGUUCACAUGUUCUAUUUCCAGCUUUUGCACAUUGAAGAUAAAUCAUGGAGGUUUGUUCACAAAUACGGAAUCUGGAAGGUUAUACAUAGAUGGGCUUGUUGAUCACUUUGAUUUUGUGGACAUGCAUGUGUUUUCAGCCCAUGAGUUAGAUGAUAUGAUGGCAGUUUUAGGAUACAAUGACGGAGGUAUAAUGUUUUACCAUUUCAUGAUCCUAGAGACAGACUUGGAUAGUAGAUUGUUACCCCUUGGCACCGAUCAGGAAGUCAUUCAGCUAGCAAGGUAUGUGCUUAAUCAUAACGAAAUUAAUUUGUACAUCGAGCAUGGAAAUACUAGAGUAGUCCGUUACUUUAAGUCCCCAUUGAAGGUUCGUAUUGAGGAAGUUGAAGGGAAUGAUUCUCCUGAAAUGAAUAGGGUUAGAAUGAAAAGGAAAUCAAUUGGGUUAUGUAGUAAAAAGUUGGAUUUGAAUGAGUCCACUGAUUUGUCAAAGUUAAUUGUACCCUCUGAACAUGUAAUCAACAAAAACCACUCAGUUGAUCGAAAGAGUGAUCCCUUUAGGGGGUACAAUUUGAGGAUAACCAUGGUAAAGAAAAUGUUGACACAGGGGAUGAGCCCCAACCAAAAGGGGAUGUUGAUCCAAUGGAUGAUUGGUAAUGGGGGAUAUGGAUGCAAAAUAUGUUGGGGGAAAAAAUCUACAUGA